AUGUCCAACCUCGUCAUCGUUGCCGCUGUGGCGUAUGGCCUGACGCAAACGGUCUUCAAAAAGAGCCCGAAGGACAAGAACCCCGCCGAAGCCGUCAAAAAAACGGCAGCGAGUGCAGCAGAAAGAGUCCCCAAGCCGCCUCAAGUGCUGAAGCCUCGGCCCAUCGACGCAGCAAGGGCAGUUCUGGCGGUGGAGUCAGUCUCUCCAGAGGAUUCAGGACGCCUGUUUGCAGUGGCAGACACCAAUUCGGAUGGCAAGGUGGAUCUGAGGGAGCUGGCGCGCGCGAUCAAGAAGCUGCAGGAACCUGCCAAGUCCUUUGAGGAAGCGCGCAACGCUGCUGUGGACGCCUUUGUUCUCUUCAGGGUCGACGGCACCAAGGGAAUGAGCGAGGAGCAGUUUCGGCGCUGGCUGCAGAGUUGGUGCCUGCUUCGCGAGCGCAACCUGAAGGAUGCCAUUCUGGGCAUGGAGCGGGCGUUGCAGCUUCCCGACGCCAUAAUGAGCCCCGACGACAAGGCAGUGUCAGACGAACUGGACGCAGCAAUGCGGUCUCAGGAAAGCGCUCGGCGCUACUGGGAUACACACAAGACGGGCGCGGCCUUCAGCAUGUGGGAUGCCGAUCGGAACGGCAAGAUCGGCCGCGAGAAAGUCAACAAGGCCCUGCUCAGGUAUGCCUCGGAGGAGUUGCAGCACAAGUCGCCGGGAAACAAGGCUGUGCAAGCCGUGAGCAUUGUGGAGCUAGACCAGGAGCUGGGCCCUGACUCACUCGACCGCCUUUCCUUUGACAAUCUGCUGCGCCGAUUCGCCGUGGCCUUCGGCAUCGUCCCGGGGCAGGUGAGCGAUUACCUGAUUGAGACAGCCAUGCGCAAGGAGCAGGGAGAAGGGCCGGACCCAGACCAUGUCAUCAAAAUGAUUCAAAGCGUGGGGGAGCAGAGCAAAGCGCAGCGCAGCGCGGCGGCGGUCGUGACUCAUCCCCGGCCAAUGACCGCCGGCCGCAGGGACAAGAUGGCCGUGCCGGCAAGUGUGAAGGCGACGGCAGCUGAUGGAGGGCACCAGGAGCCCGAGAGCGCCACAAUGAGCACCAGCGAUCUCUCACAAGCGAAACAGAGCGAAAAUGAAAGGGACUCACCACUUGCUGGCAAGCACAUGAAGCAAGAUGGACACCAGCAGGAUCUGGCGUCGCAGAUCGAGGCCCGGGGGAUUGCAUGCGCGCGAGAGCUGAUGCUGAUUCAGACAGUAGACGACGGGGACACAGAGGGUGUCUUUAACGCGGUGGACGCGGACGGGAACGCACGCGUAGACCUGCGCGAGCUGGCACUGGCGCUUAGUAAGUGGACGCUGCUGGUGACUCGCCCCGAGUCACCCCUGGUGGCCGCCAAGAACCUGACGCUCGACCUCUUCAUGAUCUUCGGCGUCGACCCCCUGGAGGGCUUUGACAGUGAGCAGUUCCGGCUGGUGCUGCAGAGCUGGUGCCUCUUCACCAAGAUCGACUUCGGCGUCAUGGCUCGCUGGCUGGAGACCGCCCUCGACCUGCCAGACAUGCAAGUCACCCAAGAGGACAAGAUGGCUGCAGAGGAGAUCACGCAUGCCAUGAGUUCUCCAGACGCCAUGAAUGCAGCGGUGGAGGCGCACAAGAUAGACCUGGCGUUUCACCUGUGGGACUCCGACGGCGACGGCGUUGCCUCCCGCAAGAAGCUGACUCGCGCGCUCACCUGGUACUACAGGCUGCUGACCCAGGUGCAGGAGCAGACCGGCACUGUUGAUGACGGCAAUGCGCGCCGGCCAGAGGUGAUUGAGUUCCUGGAGCAAGAGCAGCGGCCGGGGCUACCGGAACUUGACAUCGGCGCCUUCCGUAAGUUGGUGCAGCGCUUCUGCCAGCUCACCGACCUGCCUCUGCCCGAGAUUUGCGACUUCCUCCUGUCGGCAGCGCUAACCGGGGGCAAUACAGCACUCGAUGCGCUGGCCGAUUCAGGGUCUGAUGCGCCCCCGCUGCCCGGCAACAUCCAGGGGAUUAUAGAAGACCUAAGGGGCCAGCCAGAGCCAGAUCAGGCGCAGCCGGCCAGCACAGAGGGCCGCCAUGCAGACACAGAGGCAGAGACCGGCGACUUGGAGAGGAAGAGAGCCGAUAGGCGAUCAAGCAAGAUUCGAGGCAUCAUUGGUGGUCAGCAGGCUCGCCUCGAAGACAAUGGGACGACUUCGACCGCCAUCUUUGCAACGAGACACCUCAAUCAGAAAGUCAGCUUCAGCAAGAGCGCCAGCAGAUUGCUGGCAGCAGUGCCCAACCUGAACAGGACAGUGAUGGCAGCCUCGUAUCUCCAGGCCAGUGGACUUCAGGCAGGCCAGACAGCCCAAGGACAGGCGCAGAGGGGCGCCACAGCUGCAGCAGGCGGCAUGCAGGGUCCCGCAGCCCCAGAGGCAGAAGCUGCAGGACCUUCGCAAGCGCCACAGCCAGGGAUCAGCCGCAGGCAGCUCAGCGCUCAGGGAGCCGAGCAGGACAUCGUCCAACGGUGGCUUGCGUUCAGCCUCAAGGCCUCAUCCACCGUUGCAGAGCUGAAGCGGUUCCUGCUUGACAGAGGCCAGCGGCCAGUGAUCUUCACCAGAAGCGCGCUGCUCGCCAGGGUGGAAGGGCUGCUUAGAUUUGAGCAUCCAGAAGGUAGCUAUCCAUGA